CUGUGGAAGGAAUGGACAAACAACAAGACUUUGAAGAGUUUAGGAUCGCCUCAGUUUCUCAAAUCGAGUCAACCGUGUAGCCCACCUAAUCCGGCACCAGAGACCCCUGGCGGUCAGGCCAGUCACUGCAACCAAAGUAAAGAUGGCGCCAACGGUAACCAAGCAACGGAAGGGAAAGAUGACGCUGUGUCGUCCAAGAGAGCAAGCAGGACGUCACUGAUUCUUGAUACAGAGAUGGCGAAGUUACUUGAAGAGAACCGCACACUAAGGAAUCUCUUAAAAGAGAAGGAAACCAAUAUCAAGGCUUUGCAAGAGAGAGUUGCGUCCGCGAAGGAUAAACUACUCAACUUGGUGGCGCAAGUGAAUCCAGAUAGCGGUUUUGAAUCCGCUUCCACGGUACAACGCGAGGACUCCGUCGAAACGGACAAAGAAACUACAAACAAAAUGGCGGUCAUGUUCCAAGGGGGUCAGAGGUCAGCUAUUACGCAAGUACAAUCGAGAGAUGUGUUAACCCAACGGAAUGAUGGGAAAGGGAUUUCUAAACUUUCUUCGACUUCCUCAGAUACGAGUAGCCUCUCUUGUACCAGGGAAACGGCGGUUAAUUCCCCUACACACGGCCCUCCAAGUAGAACACUACGGUACAUUCAAGAGCAAGGAAACGCCAUCGCAGAGGAUCUCAAAUACGCGGACGGUUUGUUUACGCUGUCGCUGGACACCGGCGAAGGUUAUCCGCCGCGAAACGGCAACCGGGAUUUGUACGACUUAUACCGAAGCGAGGGAGCCUGGGACGACUAUUACUACGACCUCUCCGACUCGGACUUAUCUGUUUACGACAUGAUGUCGGAAGACUGUGACAGGGCGAUGACGUAUGGCGGGAGAACUCAGUCAACCAUUUUGACCGACAGUCGUUUGUCGCCCGUGUUUACCGGCAUGGGAAACCCCAACUUCAGGUCACGUGACAGCCUGUCGUCCAUAUCGUCUGACGAUGACGACGACGACCUCUUGAAAUUUUUCCCGCCUCCUCAUUCUGUUCUUAGAAAUAGCCCGAAUGGACCACGCACACAAACAAAGUGCCCUAACCCGCAAACGGUAACUUCUGUGAACAAGACAAGACCGUUUUUAAGCACGUACAGUAUUAAUCUGUGGAAUAACACGAGAAAAGGCGUAGCUUCAAAUAGCGUAGAAUGCAAGGUAAAGCAGGCAGGAAAGAGUACGGAGUUAGUAUUAUCUCCUGUAACGUUUUCGUCAUCAUACCAAGACACUUUAGUGUAA